AGGUUUUGUUGCAGCAUGCGUAUAAAUAGGCUGUCAGAUUUAGUCGGAGCAUUCAAUUCGUUCCUCGUAUUUCAACAGGAAAUAGAAAAGCAGAACAUCACCAUGCACAAAUAUUUGGCGAUUUGCUGUUGGCUUCUAGUUGUCGCUCAUAGUGCGGUGGCUGGUGGCUGGCUCGCAGCACCAGCAGGCAUUGCUGUAAAACCAGCAAUCGCAAUUGCACCAGCGAUUGUUCCUGCCGCUACCAUUGUUAAAGCACCAUUGGUCGCGCCUGUCAUCGCUAAACCUGUCCUUACCGCAGCGCCCUGGGGAGCAGGAUCCUGGAAAGCCCAACCCUGGGGAGCAGGAUCCUGGGGAGCAGGAUCCUGGGGAGCAGGAUCCUGGGGAGCAGGAAUUAAAGGUUAGAUCUCAUGUUGAGUGACAUGCCGUCCUUAUCAGCAUACGCAAAAUAUGCUAUCAAAAAUGUUGGCUGCAUAUAAUUUGCUGAUACAUCGUGCACUUUUCUAAAAUUAAUGUUUUCCACAUUUUUAUCCUCAUUUUUCUCCCUCGCCCCUCCCUUUUCUUUUCUCCCACCUAAAAUUUCAUGUAAAAAUAAAUUAUUGAUGUAAGAGGUCCAAAUAAAUACGAAUCUGUAAAAUAAAACUUCAUACGUAGAAAAUUU